UAAGCCGGCGGAGCGAGGCGGCGGGGCCCGCAGACGGAGCGGAGCGGCGGCGGCGGCGCGGCGCAGGGCGCGGGGCGGCAUGGCCACCACCGCGCAGUACCUGCCGCGGGGCCCCGGUGGCGGAGCCGGGGGCACCGGGCCGCUUAUGCACCCGGACGCCGCGGCGGCGGCGGCGGCGGCGGCGGCCGCGGAGCGAUUGCAUGCAGGGGCCGCGUACCGCGAAGUGCAGAAGCUGAUGCACCACGAGUGGCUGGGCGCGGGCGCGGGCCACCCCGUGGGCCUAGCGCACCCCCAGUGGCUACCCACGGGAGGAGGCGGCGGCGGCGAUUGGGCCGGCGGCCCGCACCUAGAACACGGCAAGGCGGGCGGCGGCGGCACCGGCCGAGCCGACGACGGCGGCGGCGGCGGAGGUUUCCACGCGCGCCUGGUGCACCAGGGGGCGGCCCACGCGGGCGCGGCAUGGGCGCAGGGCAGCACAGCGCACCACUUGGGCCCGGCCAUGUCGCCGUCUCCGGGGGCCAGCGGGGGCCACCAGCCCCAGCCGCUCGGGCUGUACGCGCAGGCGGCCUACCCGGGGGGCGGUGGCGGCGGCCUGGCCGGGAUGCUGGCGGCGGGCGGUGGCGGCGCGGGGCCGGGCCUGCACCACGCGCUGCACGAGGACGGCCACGAGGCGCAGCUGGAGCCGUCGCCGCCGCCGCAUCUGGGCGCCCACGGACACGCACACGGACAUGCACACGCGGGCGGCCUGCACGCGGCGGCGGCGCACCUGCACCCGGGCGCGGGCGGCGGCGGCUCAUCGGUGGGCGAGCACUCGGACGAGGAUGCGCCCAGCUCGGACGACCUGGAGCAGUUCGCCAAGCAGUUCAAGCAGCGGCGCAUCAAGCUAGGCUUCACGCAGGCCGACGUGGGGCUGGCGCUGGGCACGCUCUACGGUAACGUGUUCUCGCAGACCACCAUCUGCCGCUUCGAGGCCCUGCAGCUGAGCUUCAAGAACAUGUGCAAGCUCAAGCCGCUGCUCAACAAGUGGCUGGAGGAGACCGACUCGUCCAGCGGCAGCCCCACCAACCUGGACAAGAUCGCGGCGCAGGGCCGCAAGCGCAAGAAGCGCACGUCCAUCGAGGUGGGGGUCAAAGGCGCGCUCGAGAGCCACUUUCUCAAGUGCCCCAAGCCCUCGGCGCACGAGAUCACCGGCUUGGCAGACAGCCUGCAGCUGGAGAAGGAGGUGGUGCGCGUCUGGUUCUGCAACCGGCGGCAGAAGGAGAAGCGCAUGACCCCUGCGGCCGGCGCGGGCCACCCGCCCAUGGACGAUGUAUACGCGCCUGGGGAGCUAGGGCCUGGCGGGGGCGGCGCAUCGCCACCCUCCGCGCCCCCGCCGCCCCAGCCGGCGGCGCUGCACCACCACCACCACCACACACUGCCCGGCUCCGUGCAGUGACCCCGCGGGCCGGGCCCCCGCCGGCGCGCUGCAGGGCGCGGGCGCGCAGCCCGCCCGCGCGGCCUGGACUCUUUUUGUUCGGUUGCUUUGGAUUUUACAAAAAAAAAAAAAAAAAAAGCCCAGAAACUUUCGAACAAAACCAAACACCCGGACGACCCUCUCCGGUGAUCGGCGAAGACGGCCCGGUAGGCUGCGUCGCCCGAGCCCCGGGAGAGAGGAGCGAAGAUCCGGAACUCGCCAACUCACCCCGGGCAUCCUGCCCGCCGCCUGCUCUCUGCCCCCAUCCCCUCGACGACCCCCGCCCCUGCCCCCCCGGGCUGUUCGGGGCCGGAUCCCGGCAGCGGCCUCCCCAAAGCGACAGGUAACGCGGUGCGGGGUUAGGGAUUCCCCGGGAGAGAGGACGAAGCGAGGAGAGUUCCCCAUCCCCUCUCCCCGCGUGGACUCCUGAGCCUGCGGGUCCAGGGUGGGGGGCUGUCACUUUAUUCGCUACACGCCUCUUCUCUCCUAUAAGGAUGCGCCCCACCCCCUUUUCCCCUUUCUCCGGGCUUGGUUUUUUACGGUUUUUAUUUAUUCGUGGAGCCUCUCGGCUCCUGGGGUCCUUCUAACUCCGCCCGCGCCCUUAAUUUAAAUCGCUGUAUACUGUAUUUAUCGGGGCCCCGGAGGGGAGGUCGCGAGAGCCGCGUCUGUGUAUAAAAGCAGGAAAUAGCCAAAGCUUUAAUCUAGCCUAAUUUAUUUUUCCCCUUAUAUUUCCCUCCCCUCCCCUCCCCCCAAAAAAAAGCAAAAAAAAAAAAAACUAACAAAAAAAAUUCCAGUGUUCAUUUUUCGUUUCGUUUCAUCCGAAGCCCCGGCUUGGUUCCCGGCCACGCCGGAGGGGUCUGCGCUCCCACACACCCAGACGGGAAGGGGCUUCUGCCCUGCUGCAGACCGACCGCCGCACAGCGCGGCCCCUGCUCCCCGCGGGGCCCUGCCCUCCUGGCCACACCAAACGAAACUUGGAAAAGUUAGAGAGAUUGUUUUUUAACCAGCUGUAGAAAUAAGCCGUUCCCUGAGAACCCUCCGCCUGAUUCCCUGCAGCUUCCCUCUGCUCCCUUUCCAGCCCGCCGGGAUGCGGGAUGCCAGGGGAGGCCGGGAGAGAAAUUACCCAAGUUUGGGGUGAGGUGGGAACCAUGUAAAUAUGUGAGAUAUGUACACACUGGCGGGGAGAAGAAACAUUUUGUGCUUGGUUUUUAUUUUUGGUUUUCCGGUUUACCCUUGCUUCCUACCCUAAAGGAUUUUGUACACUGACUAAUCCGAAAAAGAUAUUUUAAUAUGAUUUCCGAAUUUCUGACCCAUCUCUAUUUAUUUUCUGGAUGUGUUUGGAGCUUCCCCCUUCUCCGUUUCUUCUUCUGUUUGUUAAGGUUUGAAUUUAAAUUUUGUUAUUUUAUUUUUAUUAUUUUUUGAAACAAUGUUUCGGUGCAUUCUCUUUGUAUCUUUAUUGCAAAAAAAAAAAAUGUAGACUGGGAAGUUCCCUUUAUAUUUAUGUUAUAGUAAAUAUUUUAUUACUCACAUAAACAUGUACCCCAGG